CGUUACACUGCAAGUACCAGUAUGGACUAUAGGGUGAAGAGUUGACUUCGGUCCCUCGAAGGCCUUCACACGACUUUCUUAUCGCUGCCAGGGUCCCAAAGGAUUUACAUUGCUUAGCAAAUACUCGUCAAAAUGUCGGACCAGAAAAAGGCAUUGCCUCCGAAGCCAAGCCAAUCGCAAGUAGGGGGCUAUAAACCAAGGCAAAGCACGACGCAAGGAUGGGGCGGAGGAGGUACUCGUCAGACAAGCACAGGAGGACAGCCCGGACCGCGAGCGAGCAUAUCAGGGGGGCCCCGCGGGAGCUUCCGGCAAUCAAAGCGACAGUCCAAUCGGAGUGUAAAUGGCGCAGAGAACGAGCGCUUGCAGGUUAUCAUUGAUGGUGUGGACCGCACGCCGAAGCCGUUGCUGUCGCUGAACCCCACGGUACUGAAGGGGGGCGCGGGCGACACCACUACCCCCAACAGCGAGACUUCUGAUUUCUUCAUGGACCGCAUCAGCACCGCGGCUUUCACGAAGGCGGGCUGGUACAGCAACGCGGAUAGCGGCACGCACACGCCCAAAAGCGAGGCGGACUAUGACUAUGAGGGAGAAAAGAAGCACCGUGAGCUCAAGGGCGCCGAGGACGCGGCCGCUGCCGCCAUGGGGGACGACGCGGGUCCGGGGAUUGAGUCCUCACGGGGCCCUCGCGAGGAGGAGCUGCCGCCGCCGCCGCCCCCGCUGCUGACGGAGAAGGACCUGGAGCGCAGCGUGUACCUCACACUGCAUGAGACGGAGACCAUCUUCAUCUGGCAGGCCACAGGCGUGACGGUGGCGAUGGACACGGAGGAGGCUAAGCUGGUGGAGGAGGCCAACAGGCGCUACGCCAACCUGCUGCACACCAAACAUGCUACGGACAAGUACGUAGACGCGGAGGCUCAGACGCUUGUGGCGCUGAAGAAGAGCCGCGAGGCGCAGUCAGCAGUUCUGGUCACCCGUGCCACAGGCGUGCAGGCCACCGCCUGGGACAUCUCCGACACCUUCCGCGCGCUGGACGAGGCGGCCGCGGACGCCGAGGACGACCCCCGAGGCGGCGCGGUGCUGCCCAGCAUCAGCCAGCUGGCGGGCGGAGUGGCCAAGUACACGGGAGGAGGAGGCGGCGGCAAGGCGGGCGGCAUGCCGGGCGACCCCACCAGCGGCCGCGGCACCAUGGCGGGCGGCGCCAGCAGCCAGAGCAUGAUGGUGCGCCCGUCCGCCUACCACGGCCAGUCCAUGGCGUUCGGCGCGCAGCCCAGCUACAUGUCGGGUGUGGGCGGCAACAUGUCAGGCCUGUCCGGCGCCAACCUGCCCAACGGUGUGCCGGUGGACCAGCAGCAGGCGGCGCCCGAGGUGCUGGACCCGCUGCUGUCGCUGCGGGGGCUGCCCGACGCGCUGGAGCUCAUGGACCUCGCCAUCAACCAGAACAACUACCUGCAGCAGCUGCUGCUGUACAGGGACAUCCAGCCGCUGCAGGGCGUCCGCGCCACCGUUACGUCGGCCAUGCGCGGCAUGGGCGGCGGAGGAGACGACGACGCUACCUCGGAGGCCGCCAGCCACGCCGGCCGCGACAACCGUCCCAUGAGCGCUGCGCCCAGCGAGGGCGGCCGCAGCCACGCCGAGAGCGUGGCCGCGCGCUCCGCCUACGGCGGCAACCGGCCCUCCAUGGCAAAUGUGGCCGCAGCAACCGGGCAGCUCAGCCGGCAGCCGUCGGAGCGCAGCGGCUUCAGCCGAGCCAUGUCCAUCAAGGGCGGCCGCGGCGGUGAUGACGAUGCGCGCUCGGUGCGCCAAUCGCACGCCGGAGCGGGCGGCGGCGGCGGCGGUGGUGGCGGCGGUGCCGGGCCGGGGUACGCGGCGAGUGUGGCUGAGAGCAACUGGCCGGAGGAGCUGCUGCAGGAGCUGGCGGACCUGGGUGACGACGCGCCGCGCAUGGAGCACCUGUGGGACUGGUCCUGCCCGCUCACCGCCGGCAAGAACGUGGCAUGCAUGGGCUGGAACAAGGCCAACCCAGACCUGCUGGCCGUUGGCUACGGCUCCUAUGCGUUCGGCAGCGGCACGCCGGGCGCGGGCGCCGCCGGCGACCCGCUCAGCACGACACACAAGUCCAGCGCCGCGGGCGCUGCCGCAGCAGCUGCGGCUGCGGCUGCUGCGCGGCCAGUUACGGCAGAGAGCGCGGCGGCCGGGGAGGUGGGCGCGGCGGGGGCGGGUGCAACGACGACGUCGGGGCAGCAGACCACGGGCCACGAGCCGCGCGGGCUGGUGGCGUUCUGGAGCCUGAAGAACUUGCAGCACCCGCUGUGGUGGUUCGAGGUCAAGGCCGCUGUCACCGCGCUCGACUUCUCCACCUACUCGCCCAACCUGCUGGCCCUCGGCAUGUACGACGGCACGGUCGCCAUCUACGACAUCAAGUCGCGGCAGGGCACCCCCAGCAUGGAGAGCGAUGUGCACAGCGGCAAGCACUCGGACCCGGUGUGGAAGGUCAAGUGGCUCGACCACGGCCCAGAGCGCGACGAGCCGCUGGUGUCGAUCUCCACAGACGGCCGCGUCACGCAGUGGUCCAUCGCCAAGGGCUUGGAGUUCUCCGACCUCAUGAAGCUGAAGCGCAUGGCGCGGCGUGGCGCCGGCGGCCCGCCCGCCGCCGCCAAGGACGGCUCCAAGGCGGCCGCGGUGCCGGAGCAGCAAGACGCCUUCAUCUCGCGCCUCACCUCGGGCAUGGCCUUUGACUUCUCCGGCCGCGACGAGCGCAUCUACGUGGCCGCCACCGAGGACGGCUGGCUGCACAAGUGCAGUACGUCGUACAGCGAGCAGUACCUGGAGUCGUACCGGGGCCACAUGGGACCCGUGUACCAGGUGCAGUUCUCGCCGUACAAGAAGGACAUGUUCAUCUCGUCCUCAGGCGACUGGACGAUACGCAUGUGGCAGGAAGGCCGCGACACACCCCUGCUGACGUUCCAGGCCUCCACCAAUGAGAUCAACGACGUGCAGUGGUGCCCCACCAACUCCACCGUGUUCGGCUCCGUCACCGCCACCGGCAGGCUGGAGAUCUGGGACUUUGCGCUGUCCACCGUGAAGCCGGUGAUGCACCAGAAGACGCCCGCCAAGCUGUCCUGCAUGCUGUUCGCGCCCAACUACCCAGUGGUGGUGUGCGGCGGCGAGGACGGCACCGUCAAGGCCUACCGCCUGUACAACGUCAGCCACGAGUACGACACGCUGGAGGAGCAGCUGGGGCGGCUGGACGCGGUGAUCAAGGCCAACGUGAUGAAGAAGGAGACGGGGCAGGCGGGGCAGGCGUAGGACUGGAAGAGGGAGUUGAGCUGAGUGUGAGGUGGCUGGCGGCGGUGGUGUGCUGUGGCGAGUGAUGCAUGUUGGUGUACGGCACGUGCUUGGCUGGCGGACGGGCCUGGUGUGUGUGGAUCGCAAACGAAGCGACAACAGAUGGGGCCAGGCUUGCAGCAUGUGUUUGUGGGGUUCACGGCUGAGGAGUUGUGGACAUGCAGGGGUGCAUAAUAAGCUGGGUCGCUGCAGUACCGUACGGUACGCUAAUCAAGUGCUGUGCUGAUGCCCAGGCAGCGGCUGGUUCUGCUCAGCUGAGCAACAGCAACACUGCUGUAAACUGUCAGCUGC